UGAGGAGAGGAGCCCAGAGCAGCCCAGAGGAGCCUGACACCUGAGAGCUCCGCUCAAAGCCUACAGUUCAUUUCAGAACAAGGAAAACUCGCCUCGCUUCUUUGCGGAUAUGCGUCGGAAAAGAGGGAACACCUCCAUCGGUGGGACAUAAACUUCACCCUUUAUUGGCAUCUAUCGGCGAAGAUCUACUGAAAGGGUCUGCUGUAUUUAAAAAAAUAAAUAAAAUCUAUUUCAUGGACGGCUCCAGAUGACUCCUGGACUCAGGCGGCGGGUUGCGCUCAGCAUCUAUAAGGAUCUCUGAUGGAGAAAACACCGAGGCGGAGGAUAGGAGCCCCUCUGACUGUGCUGCUGUGGACCUUUGGGGCAUCGUUUCUCCUCAGGGACUCGGAGGGCCAGCGGACUUUUAAUGACCUGACGGGCUUCAGUUUGAAUCCGCCCUACUUUAACCUCGCAGAGCGCUCCAGCAUAUCUGCGACAGCAACCUGCGGCCAGGAGGAGACUGGCGCACCGAGAUCUGAUUUUUACUGUAAACUUGUCGGCGGACCGACUCUGGGUCCUCCUACUCAAAACAUACAUGGUCAGCAUUGUGACUACUGCACAUCCGCGGAGCCAAGCAAAGCCCACCCGGUGAGCAACGCAAUAGAUGGCACAGAAAGGUGGUGGCAGAGCCCACCUCUCUCCAGGGGAACCAUCUACAAUCAAGUCAAUGUUACCCUGGACCUCGGGCAGGUCUUCCAUGUGGCGUAUGUCCUAAUCAAGUUUGCUAAUUCACCUCGUCCUGACCUUUGGGUGCUGGAGCGCUCUGUGGACAAUGGGAGAACAUUCACCCCCUGGCAAUACUUUGCUCAUUCCAAACGGGAGUGUAUUGAAAUAUUUGGAAAACAGCCAAAUGGUCGUGUUUUGAGUGAUGACGACCAAAUCUGCACCACGGAGUAUUCACGGAUCAUUCCUUUGGAGAAUGGAGAGAUUGUAGUUUCUCUGAUCAACGGCCGGCCAGGCUCCAAAAACUUCACCUACUCACCAGUGCUCCGUGACUUUACGAAAGCCACAAACAUCCGUCUGCACUUCCUUCGUACCAACACUCUUCUAGGUCACCUGAUCUCCAAAGCCCAAAAAGACCCCACCGUCACACGGAGGUAUUUUUACAGUAUCAAGGAUAUCAGUAUUGGUGGACGCUGUGUUUGCAAUGGGCACGCCCAAGUUUGUGAUGCAGGUCGGAAUCCAGAGAACCCAAACAGACUCCAGUGCGAGUGCCAACACAACACCUGUGGCGAGUCAUGUGACCACUGCUGUCCAGGCUUUAACCAGAAGCCGUGGCGUGCUGCUACUGUUGACAGCCCCAACGAGUGUCAGCCCUGCCAGUGUUUCUCCCAUGCCUCUGACUGUUAUUACGACCCAGAGGUUGAAAAGAGGGGAGCAAGUUUGAACACCUUCGGUAGGUACAGUGGAGGAGGAGUCUGCAUCGGCUGCCAGCACAACACUGCAGGAAUAAACUGUGAGAGAUGCAUUGAAGGCUUCUACAGACCACAUGGAGUGCCUCCUGAGUCUCCAACUGGAUGUAUACCUUGUAGCUGUGAUGAAAGGAUCACAGAUGGCUGUGAGAUGGGGUCUGGAAGGUGUAUCUGCAAGCCACAAUUUGCUGGAGAAAACUGUGAUCGCUGUUCCGAUGGACAUUUUUACUACCCAGAGUGCUUUACUUAUCCUGUGUACUUGACAACUGAAUCACCUGCAGGCCCUAUAGUGGGACCCACUGCCUGCCCCCCAGGCUAUUUCAACUCCCCUACAUGUCAACCAUGCAUGUGUGAAUACAGAGGGACAAUUCAUGUUGUAUGUGAUGUUUAUGGGCGCUGCCUUUGCCGUCGGGGAGUAAAGGGAGAGCGAUGCGACCAGUGUGAACCUGGAUACCACUCCUUCCCAAACUGUCAGGCAUGCCGCUGUGGUGGAGCUGGAGUGGCUGAGAGCAUAUGCAGUCCGAAUGGUCAGUGUAACUGCCUCCCUAACUACCAGGGCAGGGAGUGCGACCAGUGUGCACCAGGUUUCUAUGGAUAUCCAGACUGUGUUGCCUGUCGGUGUUCACCAGAAGGUUCAUAUGGAUCUGCAUGUAAUCCCUUAUCGGGUCAAUGCCUGUGUCUGCCAGGCGUGGUAGGCCAGCAGUGUGAUCGCUGGGUGUCUGGACUAAGGUUUCCUCAAUGCUCAGAGUCCAUCAGUUUUUGUAACCCAGAUGGAACAGAGGUGUCCAGUCCUCAAACAGGGGCCUGCCAAUGCCGAGCAAAUGUAGAAGGAAGGUUAUGUGACAGGUGUAAACCUCUCUACUGGAAUCUAGCUGCAGAAAACUCUAAUGGAUGUACAGAAUGUCAGUGUGAUCUGAGAGGGACACUGAGCGGUGUUGGGGAAUGUGAGCAGAGAAGAGGGCAGUGCCACUGUAAGCCAAGUGUGUGUGGCCUUGCAUGCGACUCUUGCAAAGAGGGAUACUUCCUACUGCAAAAAAAGAGAUAUUUUGGCUGUCAGGCCUGUCAGUGUGAUUUAGGAGGUGCUGUGGGCAUGGCAUGUGAUCAGACGUCUGGACAGUGUCAGUGUCGGAAGAAUGUAAUUGGCCGUAUAUGCAAAGAGCCUGCCCCAGGUUACUUCUUCCCAUCUUUACAUCAGCUGAAGUUUGAGGUAGAGGAUGGCACAACACCAAACGCUCGACCUGUCCGCUUUGGUUUUAACCCCCAAGAGUUCCCAGGAUUCAGCUGGAGAGGUUAUGCUAUAAUGACACCUGCACAGAGUGAAGCCAGGGUAACAGUGCAUGUUGAUCCCAAAGAGGGGCGACAGAAUUUUUUCCACGUGGUUCUGCGGUUUAUUAACCCCAACAUCGUCAGUGUGACUGGUAGCAUCAGAGCUACAAAUAGCAGAGGCACUGCAGGGGAAGGUCAAAGUAAGGAAGUGAUAUUUCCUCCAACUUCAUCCCCCGCCUUUGUCACCGUCCCAGGAGAGGGCUUCACUGAGCCCUUUGAAUUAAAUCCUGGAAAGUGGAUCAUUCAUAUAAGGGCUGAGGGAAUCCUCUUGGAUUAUUUAGUGCUGGUGCCUCAAGAUUACUACGAGGCCUUUCUGCUGCAGGAAGAGGUCACUCAGCCGUGCACAUACUUACACACUGCAAACAGGGAGGAAAAAUGCCUGCUGUACAAGCACAUCAACAUGGAUGGUUUCAGCUCUGUGCUCGCCACUCAGGGCAGAUUGUCCCCCCGGAAUGGGCGGAGGAAGAGGAGGUUGGCUCGUAUGCGGCGUCUUACUCCAGAUCACCCAGACAUGGCAACUGUCAAUGGGAGACAGUCUCGCCUGGAGCUCAGCAUUCGUGUCCCUCAUGCGGGCCUUUAUGCCCUCAUUCUGGAGUAUACCAGUGAGAUGGAAACUAUCCAGAAUGUCAACAUACUCCUAAGUAGUCAGUCAGGGAGUCAGAUCUUGGCUAGAGCAAAUAUUUACACAUGUGUUUUCAGUUUUUUGUGCCGGAGUGUGGCGGUGGACAGCAGAAAUCAAGUGGCCAUGCUGCAGCUCUCUCACAGGACGGAAAUUGUUCUACAUACUUCCACAUCUUCAUUCCUUUUGUACAAGCUGUAUACGGUGCCUGCAGAGGAGUUUUCCCUGGACUAUGUGGAGCCCAAAGUGUUGUGUGUCUCUACUCAUGGUCGUUUCACUCAAGACAGUCGGCACUGUCUUCUGCGGAGGUUUGAAAAGCCAUCCUCAGCCUCGAUUCUGUACCCUGCCCGUGAUGGACAGCUGUCAUCCACACUUGCAGCUGCUUCCCAGCAGGGCAACCAUCUGGAUUGGAGACAGAGAAGACAGUCCAGUUUGUUCUCUGUCCAUGAGCCUCAGAGUGAUGGGACAGUGCUGAAAUUCCCUCAGACUGAAAUAAGUUUUACUCCAGAGGUGCCUCUCCCAGGUCGAUAUGUUGUUGUGGUCCAUUAUCAUCAACCUGAACACAUCUCUUUCCCAGUGGAAGUGCAUGUAAAUGCAGGGCAGGUUUGGAAGGGUGAGAUAAAUGCUACAUUCUGCCCGGCAGUGUCAGGUUGCAGGGAGGUUGUUGUUGCCGACGGCCGCAUCGCUCUUGACUUCUACAGGACUUCUCUGCAGCUACCCACCAUCUCUGUAACCGUGCCACAUGGGAAGACUCUUACUUUGGAUUAUAUUUUGCUGGUUCCUGAUAGCCAAUACACUCCAGAGCUCCUGCGAGAGAGGCCACUUGAUAAGUCUGCAGAUUUCAUAAAACAAUGCACCAGAGAAGGCUUCUAUAUAGAACCCACCACAUCAUCCCAGUUUUGCAGAGACUCAGCCCGCACUCUUGCAGCAGCUUACAAUGAUGGAGCCCUGCCUUGUGGCUGUGAUAAGUCUGGCUCUACAGGGAGUGUGUGUGAUCCAGUCGGAGGACAGUGUCCUUGCAGGGAGCACAUUAUAGGGCGGCAGUGUAACAAAUGUGCCACAGGAUACUACGGAUUUCCCUACUGCAAACCAUGUGAGUGUGGACGCCGCCUGUGUGACGAGGUGACUGGACGCUGCAUCUGUCCUCCUCAGACAGUGAGACCAAGCUGUGAUGUGUGUCAGCAACAAACUUUCAGCUACCACCCUUUGCUGGGCUGUGAGAACUGUGGGUGCUCUCCAAGCGGGGUGAACGUAAACGCUGGACUUCAGUGUGACAUUGUCUCUGGGCAGUGCAGCUGCAAACCUCGAAUCUCAGGCCGUCAGUGUGACCGCUGUGCUCCGGGUUAUUAUCGCUUUCCUGACUGUCUUCCCUGCAACUGCAACCCAGGAGGAGUCACAGCUGAUGUAUGCCACCCUGAUACAGGCAGGUGUCUCUGCAAGAAAAACGUUGUAGGUAUCAGGUGUAAUACUUGUCGGGAAGGUUCCUUCUACUUUGACCCAUCAAACCUCCUUGGCUGCUCCAGCUGCUUCUGUUUUGGAGCCACUGACCAGUGUGAGAGCUCUGAUAAACGGCGUGGAAAGUUUGUUGACAUGCAAGGCUGGCGAUUGGAAAGCCCUGACGGGGAGGAGGUUCCUUCAGUGCUGAAUGCAAUCAGUAACACAGCAGUGGCAGACAUUCAGGAGCUUCCUCCUACGGUUCAGACUCUACACUGGGUGGCGCCAAAGUCCUACCUGGGAGACAGAGUUUCAUCCUAUGGUGGCUUCCUCACCUACCAGUCCAAAUCAUUUGGGAUCCCGAGUGAAGGCAUGACACUCAUUGACAGACAAGCAGACGUUGUGCUGACUGGUCAGCACAUGAGCCUGAUCCACGUGGCUUCACAGCUUCCCCUUCCAGACAAGCUGCACCAGGGAAGAGUCCAACUCCUGGAGGGAAACUGGCGUCACGCUAGCACCAACCGGCCUGUGUCCAGACAAGAGCUCAUGGUGGUCUUAGCAGGUCUGGUGGGCUUGAGGAUCCGAGCCCUGUACUUUACUCAGAGCCAACGACUCAGCUUGGGGGAGGUGGGUCUAGAGGAGGCCACUGACUCAGGGACUGGAGGUCCAGCAAAUACUGUGGAAGUCUGCUCCUGCCCCCCUGAGUACUCUGGAGAUUCCUGUCAGAAAUGUUUCCCUGGAUUCUACAGAGAGGGCAACGGACUGUAUUUGGACCGUUGUUUGCCUUGUCAGUGCAACGGAUUGGCUGAAGAAUGUGAAGAUGUAACAGGGCGGUGUCUGAACUGCAAGAAAAACACAGCUGGGGACCGAUGUGAGCGUUGCAAAGAAGGUUACUUUGGGAGUGCAGCAGAUGGAACGUGCAGAUUGUGCCCGUGCCCUUUUAGUGUACCCUCAAGCAGUUUUGCGGUAAGCUGUGGAGACGUGCUUGGAGACCAAUGUGUUUGCAAACCUGGCUACACUGGAGUGAUGUGUGAGAGAUGUGCUCCUGGUUAUUAUGGCGACCCACUGAAACCAGGAGGAAAUUGCCAGCAAUGUAACUGUAAUGGAAAUGGAAACAGCUGUGAUCCUAGGACUGGAGUCUGCAAGAACUCUCUGGAGCCAGGAGACACAAACACAGAUGAGCAAUGUCAAGAAUGUGAUAGUUGCGCUCAGACUUUGCUGAUUGACUUGGAAAAGCUCGACGUUGAGUUUGCAAGGAUCAAGGCUCAAUUGGACAAUGCCUCCGUCAGUGGAGCCUUAAAGGAAAGGCUGGACAAGCUAGAAAAGGCUGUGUCUGACACCAAGACUCUUGUCAACAAGUUCAGCACCACCAUUAGCAUGCAAAAGACCCAAGUUGACCAAGUUGAGAAAGAGACGGAAAAUCUUGGAGAUGAAAUAAAAUUGCUUAAAGACAAGGCUGAUAGGAGUGCCAGAGACGCUGACAAAGCAGUUGAAAGUGUUGAAGAAAGCAACAAAAGGGCAAAAGACCUGGAAAGAGAGAUUAAAAAAAUGCUUCAGAAAAUUGAAGAUUUGCUCAAUCAGUUGAAGAAUGAAGGUAGAGGUGAUUCAUUACCUGCUGAUAGUCUGAAUAAAAUGCUGGAGAAAGCGAAGGGCAUGGUGACGGAGAUGAAGAACAGAGACUUCACCACCCAGAAGACAGAUGCUGAGAAUGAACGAGAAGAGGCAAGAAAGUUGCUUGACAACAUCAAGAAUAAUGUUAGUGAGCAGUGCAACGAAAACGAGGCAGCAGUGGAGAAGAUCCAAAACCAGCUCAAGGAUUUCAAUUCCAAGCUGAAGGAUUUGGAGGAAGCUUUGGAAAAAGCAAAAGGCUUGGUGAAAAAGGCCAAUACUCAAAACACUGUGAAUGAUCAGGUGCUGAAAGACCUGGAGAAACGUAUUAAGGAUCUACAAGAGGAGCGGAAAACUGUAAAGAACCAGAUAGCUUUGGCUGAGGAUGAACUGAAGAAGACAAACGAUUUGGCUGAAAUGCUCUCAGACAGCAAGAAGGACUAUGAGCUGUUGGCUGCACAGCUGGAUGGAGCAAAGACUGAUUUGGCCAAGAAGGUGAACAACAUCACCAAGGCAGCAGCAAAUAAGGACAUUGUGGAGGCUGCAGAGGAGCAUGCAAAAAACCUAACCGAGCUGGCAAAGGAACUCGAAGAUGCUAUGAAGGACGCAAGUGGACUUUCUGAGGUGCGUGAUGCAAAGGAUGCCAUUGAGGCCUAUAAGAACAUUACAGAUGCCAUUAAUGCUGCGGAGGCUGCAGCUAAAGAGGCAAGAGAGGCUGCAGAUAGUACACAAAGUAGUGUAAACGAAGAAAAGCUUGUAGAUAAAGCCAAAGACCUAAAGAAGAAGAGCAAUGACCUUCUGAAAAGGGCCAAAGAGUCAGAGGCAGUCCUGACAGACGCUUCCACUGACCUCACUAACUUGAAGGAUCGUCUGGCCAAGGCAAAAGAAAAGAAAAACGAUCUUGAGCAAAACCUCCAGAAUAUUCAGAAAAACUUGGAAAACACAAAAAGAGAUGACAUUAGGAAUAAAAUUGAGGAGGCCAAGAACAAAGCAGCUUUGGCCAACAAUACAGCUGCCAACACCAUGGACAAACUUAAUAAAAUUAGGAAGGACAUCGAGAAAAUCAAUGUGACUCCUGUUUCCGCCAAUCUGAGCAACACCCUCAAAGAUGUGGACCAGUCUGUAAAGGACUUGCUGAAAACAAUCCCAUCUCUGAACGAUAAGAUCUCAGAGGUUGAGAACCUGACCUCCCAGUUUUCAAACGUCAGUAACAUUUCUGAUAACAUAAAGAAGAUCAAAGAACUAAUUGAACAGGCCAGAGAUGCAGCUAAUAAGAUUAUGGUUCCCAUGAAUUUCGCUGGGGAUGGUCACAUAGAGAUGCGCACGCCGAAAGAUCUGGAUGAGCUGAAAGCCUACACAACUCUUUCCCUGGCGCUGCACAGACCCAAGGGCAGAGGAGACGGACGGCGCCGGCGCAGACAGGCUGAAGACAAAGGAAGCAUGUUUGUGUUGUACCUUGGUCACAGAGAUUCCUCUCAGAAUUACAUUGGUAUGGUGUUGAGGAAUAACCGCUUGUAUGGUCUGUAUAAGCUGAACGGAAAGGAGUAUGAGAUGGAGUCUGGUUUCAUUUCCAACUCUGACUCUGAGCAGGCUACAUUUGAUAAAGUAGACCUACACAGAAUUUAUCAAGACGCGCAGAUGAGUCUGACCAAGAGCAUAACCGGAACACCUGCUGCACCAAUUUUGAACGAGAUUCAAGGACAGGAGAAAAAGGACCUCCUGGACAUCAACCCUGAAGAUGUUGUUUUCUAUGUUGGAGGCUACCCAUCCACCUUUACUCCUCCUCCCUCCAUGAGAUUACCAAAAUACACAGGCUGCAUAGAGUUCUAUUCCGUUAACAGCAAGGCUGUCAGUCUCUACAACUUCCAAAAAGCAGAAAAGAUCAACAUCAACACUCCCUGCAAGAGAACUGUGACUUCAAACUCUGACUACUUCGAAGGCACCGGAUACGGGAAGGUGUACAUUAGCAAGAACCUGAAAAGAUUUGAUAUGUCAAUCAUUACACGCUCAGAAAAUGCUCUUCUCGCCUACUUAGGAGAUGAUAACAAUUACCUGACAAUAAUUAUAGAUAAGGGUAUUUUGGCUGUACGAGGUAACCUAAUCCCACAACAGGUUAGCGGAACAUCGAAAGUUUUCCCAGUAAAAGAUGCCACCAAUGUCAAAAUGAUUGUUGUAAAUACAGAUAUGCUUGUGAUUAUAAAAGAACCACUGCGCGUCAGCAUAGCAAAAUACGACUUUGCCAAUUUUAAAGAAUUCUAUAUCGGUGGUGUAACACAGGAGCUGAGAGACAGAUGGGGCAUCACCACACCGCCUUUCAAAGGAUGUUUGAAAAGUUUAUCUCUAGCAGAAGGAUUUAAAAGUCUUGAUGAACGAGUGGGGAUCAGCAAACGCUGCUCUACAGACUCAUUGGGCUCAUUCAAAGCACAGUUAAGUUUGGGGGAUUCCUUAAAGAACUUAAAUGACUUAAAUAUGGGAAAUGACGUUACUGUGUCCCUCGGAUUCAAGAGCAUAGAGAGUGAGGGCAUCAUCAUGCAGAGCAAAAAACAGGCAAACCAGAUAAAUCUUGCAAUGGAAAAUGGCCAUUUGAUCCUGCGCUCCAGCGACACUAUGUGGAAAUCAAACAAACAGUACAACGAUGGAAAUUGGCACUAUGUGACCAUCACCAAAAGAGAGAAUAGAAUUUCACUGCAGAUUGAUGACAAGGACUAUGGUCAAGAACAAAGCGUCGCCACCACCCUACCAAACACAGAUGACUCUUUGUUGCUUGGAAAUACAAAAUUCAAAGGCUGCAUUUCCAACUUUUAUACUAGACGGCCAGAAAACAUAUACAAGCCUGAGGACUUAACCACCUUCGAGUCAUCUGGAGAGGUCCUGAUGGAUGUUUGCACCAUCAGUAAUCCUGUUCAGCUGAUGAUGGACCGCUUCUCUAAAAAGGAAAAUGUGCAGCAAAUGAUGAAUGAAAGCGUGUUACCCUGUGAAGUCCCAGCACAGCUUCAGUAUGCAUAUCGCAUGGGAGGGCCAGUAAGCAGCCUGAGCUACAGCCUGCCAUUACAGGUCUUGCAGCCCAGGCCCCACUUCUCUCUAGAUGUCAGGACUCGAUCUCCAGAGGGUCUGCUGUUCUUUGCAGCCACCAGAGGAGGGCAAUCUCAUCUGGCAUUGUACAUGUCUAAGGGCAGGAUCCGACUGUCUGUGGGCAAACAGAAGGAGAUAUUUAACAGAGAGAAGUACAAUGAUGGAAAGUGGCACUCGGUCGUAUUCAGUUUGGAGAAGAAGAAAUUCAGGUUGGUUGUUGAUGGGAUCAGAGCUCAGGAUGGUCAACUGACAAACACUGAGUUGAAGUCCAUGCAGCAAUUCCUCCUACCUGUGUACCUGGGCAGUGCACCAGAAUCCCUUGAGAAAGAGUUAAAGUCAAAGGCUCUACCAAAGCAAAGUGUGUCCGGCUGCGUGCGUAAUUUUAAGAUGAAUGGAGCACCAAUGUCAAACCCAUCAGCAAACUAUGGUGCAGGACCCUGCUUUGAGGGACAGACACAGAGAGGGGUGUACUUUGCAGGAAUUGGAGCGCAUGUCAUCAUCAAUGACUCCUUUGUGUUUGGAUCUGAACUGGAACUGCUCUUCAGCAUACGUCCCCGCAAUCAGACCGGACUCCUGCUUUAUGUCGGUGAUUCGAACACAAACAACUAUGGAAACACGAUGAGCCACUUUCUCAGCAUUUAUAUGCUUAGAGGAGAGGUUGUGGCAAAGGUGAGCAACGGGAGAGGAGAAUACAUGACAUCAGUGAAGCCUAAAACUUCUUUAUGCGAUGGAAUGUUCCAUAAAAUUUCAGUAAUCAAAAGAAGAAAUGUUGUACAGCUAUCUGUGGACACAACGGACAACUACAAGAUAGGACCACAACCUUCCACCUUCCCUUUGACCAAAGUCCCCCUAUAUGUUGGUGGUAUUCCUGAAACAUUGAUGCAACAGGCGCUUCCUGUUAAAUCAUCCUUUGUGGGAUGUAUUCAAGACAUGAAGAUCAACGACGUAUCAGUCUCCUUUCACAGGUCAUCAAGUGAGUUUGGCCCCGUCAACCUCAAGGAGUGUCCAGGCUGAGCAACACACCUCACCGCAUUAUGACUGAACAAAGCUUGGGACCAUUUUGUUCACCCACUAUGUGCAAUCUGUUAAAAGACAGAGAAUGUGUCUGUGUGUGUUUCUGAAUGAGUGUGGGCAGGGGGGGAGAGGACAUGAGAUGUGAGUAGCAUAUUCACCUCACAGGAUCCUCUGUCAAACAUCUCUGUAUUUAUUUUGUGAUCAAACCAUGGCACCAAUUGUUGGACACAUUUUCCAACUGUAACACAAGUAGAUGCAUGUCUCCGUUGAUCAUUUGUCAACAACCAAAUGCUACUGAAAAGACUGGUGAUUGACUGAUGGGGGGAAUUCACUAUGAAGAACCCAGCACUUUAAGAGAACAGAGGUUACCUUCUCAGAUGGUGCUGCAAUUGCAAUGAAGAUUACUAGCUUUGUUGUUGGAUUGUAGUUUUUCUUUUUUCAAAUUUUAUUCUAGAAAUAUUAUGUUUACACCUGCGGUGCUUGUCAUUGCUAUUUCAGGGGUCUCCAAGCUAUGAUGUAUUUAUUUCCACCAAUUGCAUGUAGAGUUCUGCUUUGUAACUGGUUUAAAACACACGUGUUCCUCACAUUUUACCUGAAUUUCCUUGCCAUUUUGCAUUCCUUUUUGCAUGUGCCUUUUGCUCACGUCAUGAAAGAGCAUGGUUUUUCAUUUCUGUUUAUUCGGUUUUACCUGUUAAGUAACCUGUAAUUUGUGCCAUAAGCAUAGGUUUCAUAGCUUUGGUCAGUGAUAAAUUGGGACCAUUACCAAAGAGCUGAAUGCAAUUCAGCACAGAAGUAAAUGUAUUAAAGAUGCUUGAAAUUUCCCAGCAGGUGUUUACUUUUCUGUUUUUUUACAUUCAUUCUACAAUUAUCGAGAAACAUGAUAAAAUGCAGUAUAAUUAGACGUAUUUGGACAUGCAUUCCUGCCUUAUAAUGACCGAUUUAUAAACGUGUUUGAUUGUUUUUUUAUAGUUUGUGACAAUAAAAGAUUUUUUUU